UUCAUUAUCAUAAUCAAACACAUUCCGCAGUGUUUUGAGAUAACGACGGUUAUCCUUUAGGAUGAUAGUGCGAUAAAUUAUUGGAAUAAUUUGCUCCACUAAACUUAAAAGAUAAGAAUCAGCGCUUGUGUUGCAGAACUGACACAAAUGAUGAAACAUGGAGAUACAAACAACAAAAUCUGUGGAGUAUCUUCAACUAAGCAGAGACUUGGCUCAGUACAGACACUCAAUCUGUUUUGUCUCCAAGACACCAGCUGGCAUGAGAAUACUUACCGGCAGUCAUAACAAGAACAGUUUUCAGAAGGACACAGAGAGCAUUCAGAGGAGGACAGCAGUCCGUUUCAGCUCUGGGCUCAGGCUUUGAUGCAGGUCACCUGAUCAGUUUUCCUAGAGCAGAUCCUGAUUCACCUUCAACACUAUUAGGAAAACACCUUGCUGAUGACAGUUAGAUUGGACACGGGUUGCCCCUGCUUGCUUCACGAUUCUUCGUUUUCUCAACCAUUUGAGGUUUUUAUGCUGUAAAUAUUCAGUUUUUGUCCUGAAAACUUAUUUGAGCUCUCAAUACUUGGCCAUCACCUGCCAAUACUGGGAUUGGGGCAGAAGAUCCCAAGAUGAGUGUCAAAAAAGAAGAUGUGGAGAAGUUCCUGGAUGGAAAUCCAGAUUUUGCCAGGAGCUAUUUUGACAAAAAGCUCAAACCUGGUGCUGUGGCCUCGAUCAUGCGAAUACCAGAGUCUAAAGUGGAUAUGGACAGUUUUAAGGACAUAUGUUCAGUAGAGGAAGGAAUGAUAUUCUACGAUCUCAUUACAGACAUGCAGGAGAACGUCAAUAUGGAGAAGGUGAUUUUUAAGAUUCUGAAGCGGAUCAGUGCUCUGAUUCACGCCGACCGAUGUAGCUUGUUCAUGUAUCGACAGCGGAACGGCAUCGCUGAGCUGGCUACUCGUCUCUUCAACGUUAAUGAAAAUUCUGAGCUUGAUGACUGUGUGGUGCCUCCAGACUCUGAGAUCGUCUUCCCUCUGGACAUCGGUAUAGUAGGAUAUGUGGCUCAAACCAAGAAGCCCAUCAAUGUGAAGGAUGUUACACAGGAUAGUCACUUCAGCUCAUUCGUUGAUGAACUUACUGAAUACACCACACGCAACAUCUUGGCUGCACCAAUCAUGAAUGGCAAAGAUGUAGUAGCCAUCAUUAUGGCAGUCAACAAGACUACUGGUCCCCAUUUCACAGAUGAAGAUGAGGAUCUUUUUUUAAAGUAUCUGAAAGUUGGCUCUCUGAACCUGAAGAUUUUUCAUCUGAGCUACCUUCAUAACUGUGAAACACGAAAAGGACAGCUGCUGUUGUGGUCCGCUAACAAGGUGUUUGAAGAGCUUACAGACAUUGAACGACAGUUUCACAAAGCUUUGUACACAGUACGAGCCUAUCUCAACUGUGACAGGUACUCUGUGGGCCUGCUGGACAUGACCAAGGAAAAGGAGUUCUUUGAUAUUUGGCCUGUGUUGAUGGGAGAGCAGCCACCUUAUUCUGGCCCUGUUACUCCAGAUGGAAGGGAAAUUAUUUUCUACAAAGUUAUUGAUUAUAUUUUGCAUGGAAAAGAGGACAUCAAGGUCAUACCAAAUCCACCUGCGGAUCAUUGGGCUUUGGUUAGCGGAUUACCUACAUAUGUUGCAGAGAGUGGAUUUAUUUGCAACAUCAUGAAUGCAGCAGCAGAUGAAAUGUUCAACUUUCAGACGGAAGCUUUGGAUGACAGUGGAUGGACCAUCAAGAAUGUGCUGUCCCUGCCAAUUGUCAACAAAAAAGAAGAAAUUGUUGGCGUUGCAACUUUCUACAACAGGAAGGACGGGAAACCAUUUGAUGACCAUGAUGAACAACUCAUGGAGGCUUUGACACAGUUUCUGGGCUGGUCGGUCCUCAACACAGACACCUAUGACAAAAUGAAUAAGCUGGAGAACAGGAAGGACAUUGCCCAGGACAUGGUGCUGUACCAUGUCAAAUGUCGAGAUGAUGAGAUUCAAAACAUCCUUAAAACAAGAGAAUAUUUUGACAAAGAACCAAGAGACUGUGAGGAGGACGAGUUUUUGGAAAUUCUGAAAAAAGAGCUGCCAGGUCCAAAUAAGUUUGAGAUCUACGCAUUCCACUUUUCAGACUUUGACUGCACUGAACUGGAACUUGUAAUGUGUGCGAUUCAGAUGUACUAUGAAGUUGGAGUGGUUAAAAAGUUUCAGGUCCCUCAGGAGGUUUUGGUAAGAUUCAUGUACUCAGUGAGCAAAGGCUACAGGAAAAUCACCUACCACAACUGGCGCCAUGGCUUCAAUGUUGGGCAAACCAUGUUCACUUUACUCACGACAGGCAAACUGAAGCGGUAUUACACAGAUUUGGAGGUGAUGGCCAUGAUCACUGCAGGCUUCCUGCAUGAUAUUGACCACAGAGGCACAAAUAAUCUCUACCAAGUGAAGUCCCAAAAUCCUCUAGCCAAGCUGCAUGGAUCCUCCAUUCUAGAGAGGCAUCACUUGGACUUUGGCAAAUUCUUGUUAGGCGACGAGUCAUUAAACAUAUUCCAGAACCUCAACAGAAGACAGACGGAGCAUGUCUUCCAUCUCAUUGACAUUGCCAUUAUUGCAACUGAUCUUGCAUUGUACUUCAAAAAGAGAACAAUGUUCCAGAAAAUUGUGGAUCUCUCUGAAACAUAUGAAGAUCAGAAGAAAUGGGUGGACUUCAUGUCUCUUGAAACAACAAGGAAAGAAAUUGUAAUGGCCAUGAUGAUGACAGCAUGUGACCUCUCAGCUAUCGCAAAACCAUGGGAGGUGCAGAGCAAGGUCGCCCUCUCUGUAGCAGCUGAAUUCUGGGAGCAGGGUGAUCUUGAGAGGACUGUUCUUGAGCAACAACCUAUCCCCAUGAUGGACAGGAACAAAGCCGCAGAGCUGCCAAAGCUUCAGUGUGGUUUUAUCGACUUUGUCUGUACUUUUGUUUACAAGGAGUUCUCUCGUUUUCACCACGAGAUCCAGCCAAUGUAUGAUGGCAUUCUGAACAACCGGAAGCAUUGGAAAGAGAGGCAGGAUGAAUAUGAGGCAAAACUAAAGGCAAUGGAGGAGGCAGUUAAGGCCAGACAGGAAGAAGCUGCUAAAAAUGCUGCAAAUUCCAACAGCACCAGUGGAUCAGGAUCCAAGACCUGCUCUAUCUGCUAGAGAAAAGACAACGUUACAGAGGGCAAGGCAGUUUGAGAUGCAACCUAGCCUCUACAGUACAUCACACAGAUCAACAUCACCCUUAGGAUCCCCAAGGAUCUGAUCAAGAGUGAGUGGGAAAACACUAUCAAUGCAUUGUAUGCUAUCAGCAAGCCACAAGACCACCUGCUAACCAAAACACACAUCGGAUCUUGCCUACAGUUAGCAUUACUGUUCCAUUGUGUUUCCUUUGGGUCAUAGUGUUCAAGCAUUUUCAUAGGAUGAUAAUUGGUUUCAGUUCAUCACAAUGCAGACUUAAAUGUACUACAGGAAAUUUCAGAGGUAAAUAUUGAAAAA